AUGGGUUCCAAUAGUUCCAAAAAGCAACUGCCACAGUUGGUUCUAUUCGGUGACUCUCUCACAGAAUGGAGCUUCGACAGCUCAACGCAGGGUUUCGGCUGGUAUCUCUCAGAUUGGUACAAGGGUAAAGCCGAGAUCGUCAACGAAGGCUAUGCUGGCUACACCUCCGAACACGUCAAAGCAGAGUUCACUCGCCUGAUAAAAAAAUUAACGAUCGUUGAAGCCCCACCAACUCUUCUCUUCACCAUCUUCCUCGGCGCCAAUGACGCCUGCUUCGUAGGAGAGACCGAAUACGUCCCGCUCCCUCAAUUCUCAGACAAUAUCCGCUCUUUCGUCGAGGAGAUCCUCAACCAGGAUAAACUCAGCUCCGCGAAAAUCGUCCUUAUCACGCCGCCCCCAAUCAACGUUCCAGAGCCGCUACCCAUAGAUGACGAAUCGUUGGGCCCGGCCAUGGCUAAGGCGCUGAAGGAAGGAAGGGACCCGAAGAAAGAUCGGGGUUACAUGACAUGGGUGAGUAAGCGACGGUACGCCGAGGGUAUCAUGUCGAUCGCGAAAGAAUACGAGGAGACUGGGAGGGUGGUGGGACUGGAUUACUGGAGGGCAUUGGUGGAUGCGGGGUUGGAGGAGCAGGGGAGGAAGGGGAUGUGGAUGAGGAUAGGUUUCCAGGGUGUGGGUUGA